ACACCCACUUUCUACGCCCGCGGCCCCAACGUCGUUCUUAGGCUCGCCUCGAGCUCUUUUCUCUGACAGUCUGCAGGCGAUCUCUCUGCUCUAGGAUGACGAGCCUGUCUCUUGCAGCCGUGGGGGCAAGGCUGCGUCUCGGCGCCCGGCUCCUGGCGCCAUCCCGCCAUCUCUGGGCCGCAUCCACUGCCAACCGCGGUGGGGAGCUUCGUAUCUCGCCGCCCUCCGUGGCUGCCUCCUACUCCCGUCUGCACACCACGGCUCGGCUGGCUCAGUACCGCGCCAAGGGGGAGAUGAGGAUUGCAGUGAUUGGUCAGAGUCUUUUCGGACAGGAGGUGUACAGGCUAUUGAGGCAGCAGGGGCACAAUGUGGUGGCGGUGUUCACAGUACCAGACGACCCCGUCACCGGUCGACCUGAUCCUCUCGCCGAGCAGGCCACCAGCGACACACUCCCAGUUCUCAAGUACAGUCGCUGGAGGAAGAAGAAAGUCUCUAUUCCAGAGGUCCUGGAAGAGUACAAGUCAUUCGGGGCCGACUUGAAUGUCCUCCCGUUCUGCACUCAGUUCAUUCCAAUGGAUGUCAUCAACUUCCCCAAGCACGGCUCCAUCAUCUACCACCCCUCACUCCUCCCUAGACACCGCGGGGCCUCUGCCAUCAACUGGACGCUAAUGGAGGGAGACAGCAGGCAGGGUUCUCUGUAUUCUGGGCAGACGACGGGCUGGACACUGGACCCAUUCUCCUCCAGAGAAAGUGGAGAAGCUGUGAGGAUGAUAGAAGAUGGCUGUGCUCCGAGCGUUCCCCAGUGGGAGGGAGGAGCCACUUACGACCAGCUCUGGCAGAACAAAGAUCUCGCUCAGAUCGAGUGGGACCAGCCGGCUCUCGGGAUCCACAACUUCAUCAGAGGCAACGACAAGAUACCCGGUGCCUGGACUCACGUACAAGGACAGAAAGUGACACUGUAUGGCAGCAGGUACGUGGAUGACAGAGAGCCAGUGGCCGGUGAGGAGAUGGAAGUAGACGGAAUGACAUCGCCUGCCGUCCUUAACGAAGACGGGAUCUACUUCUUUGGCAGCGACGGGAAAAAGGUCCUGGUGACGCAGCUACAGUUACCCGGCGGUCACAUGAUCCGGGCCCACAUGUACGGCCAGACGAGAGAAACAGGAAAAACUGGUUCUGAGCCAGGAGGAGGAGGGGAUGGUGGAGACAGUGCGAGGCUCGUGGAGGGCCAUCCUAUCUCUCAGCAACAUCGAGGACCCAUACGGACUUCUUCAGGAGUGGAGCGGGCUCUCAUGGAUGUCACCAGAUUGGUGGAGGAGGUAAGAGAUGCCACAGAGGUGGACCUGGAGACAGACGAUGUCUACAUGAACCCCACCUUCGAGGAGUUCACGAGGGUCAUGGUCCUGAAGAACCGCGGAGGGGACGAGGCCGGCUUCGAAUAUCACCCCGCAGUCCUUCAUGCCAACAACAGAGAGAUCCACUUCCCCCACCAGAUCUUCAUCAAUGGACAGUUUGUCGACUCCAUCAGUGGGAAGACUUACCAGCCCAUCAACCCCACCACUGAGCAGCCAAUCUGCGACAUCAGUGCCUCGGGAGCUGAAGAUGUGGAGGUGGCAAUCCAGGCAGCUCAGAGGGCCUUCGACAGUGGACCAUGGAGGACCAUGAACGCCAGGGACAGAGGCAAGAUCCUGUACAGACUGGCAGACCUGAUGGAGGAACACAAGGAGGAGCUGGCCACUCUGGAGACGGUGGACUCUGGGGCAGUAUACACACUUGCCCUCAAGACCCACGUUGGCUUCUCUGUCGACACUUUCAGAUACUACGCCGGAUGGUGCGACAAGAUACAGGGGUCUACCAUUCCUAUCAAUAAUGCUCGACCCAACAGCAACCUCUGUUUCACUCGCAAGGAACCACUCGGUGUAUGUGGGAUAGUGGUGCCCUGGAACUAUCCACUGAUGAUGGUGGCCUGGAAGGUCGGAGCCUGUCUAGCUGCCGGUAACACGGUGGUCCUGAAGCCGGCCGAAGUGACUCCGCUGACAGCUCUCAAGUUUGCAGAGUUGACAGCACGAGCCGGGUUCCCCAAGGGAGUGGUCAAUAUUGUCCCUGGGAAAGGACGUGUGGUGGGGCAGGCUAUGACAGACAGCUACAUCGUGAAGAAAGUUGGAUUCACUGGCUCCACAGCAGUCGGAAAGACCGUCAUGAAGAGUGCUGCCGAGAGUAAUGUCAAGAAGGUGUCUCUGGAACUCGGGGGUAAAUCCCCACUCAUCAUCUUCAACGACUGUGACCUUGACAAGGCGGUCAGACUGGGAGCUCAGUCGGUGUUCUUCAACAAGGGAGAGAAUUGUAUCGCUGCUGGUCGACUGUUUGUAGAGAGAGGGAUACACGACGAAUUCCUCGACAGAAUGGUGGAGGAGGUGAGGAAGAUGAAGAUUGGUGAUCCUCUUGACAGAUCUACAGCUCAUGGCCCUCAGAACCACAAAGCACAUCUCGACUCGCUCCUGGACUACUGUGAACAGGGAGUGAAAGAAGGAGCUAAACUGGUCUACGGAGGAAAGAGACUAGAUCGACCAGGGAUGUUGAUGGGGUCAUUCGAAGAGCCAAUGCCACAGAAUAUGGACUGGCAUCUGGUGUCUUCACACAACGAUAUCAACAAGGCACUUCACGUCAGCGAGAAGCUGGAUGCAGGGACGGUGUUUAUAAACACGUACAACAAGACAGACGUAGCGGCUCCGUUUGGAGGAUUCAAGAUGUCUGGCUUUGGCAAGGACCUCGGUGAAGAAGCUCUGAAUGAGUACCUAAGAACUAAAGUGGUGACAGUGGAAUACUGA